UGUGUGUAUUUAUAACAAAAUAGUAUAUAUCUUAGAAACUGCUCGUCUUUGUAUUCAUAGAACUUGGAUAUAUAUCAAGUUAUUGAUAUAUAACAUGAAAAGAGAAACACAAUGGAUUUGGUUUGUCUUGGUUUUACUUUUCAUUACUCAUACCAUUUCAGCUCUGGACAAACCCGUUGCAAGAGAAAUGAUCAAUAACAAACCUGAAUUUUCAGGUUUCAUAAGCAUAGAUUGUGGAUCAGAAAUAGAUUACCUGGACAGCGAAUCUGGAAUGUGGUACGAGUCAGACAAUGGUUAUGUGGAAAGAGGAAGCAAUCACAUGGUUUCAUGGAACGUAGACUUAAACUUUCGCUAUUUCGGGAAACAGUUGAACACACUGAGAUGCUUCCCGGAAGGAGAGAGGAACUGCUACAGCCUGAAACCGAAGGAGGAGCAGACAAAAAACAGCAGCAAGUACCUCAUAAGGGCUCUCUUUUCAUAUGGAAAUUACGAUGGCAUAAACCAAGCCCCUUGUUUCGACUUGUACAUUGGAGUCAACCUUGCACAUAAAGUCAACCUCAGUGGCUACGAAAACGGUUACUGGAACGCCGAGAUUAUUCACACUGCUCCCUCUGCCUCAACACAGACCAUAGAUGUGUGUCUUGUGAGAAGUGGCCCCACAAUCCCUUGCAUUGCUUCAUUGGAACUACGACCUUUGAACACUUCCAUUUAUCAGACGCCACCUACUGAUCCACAACAAUUGUUGAUACUCCAGCUAAGGAUUGACGUUGGCACCCCUCCACUCCCUCCGCCUUAUGAUAGCGAUUCAUUCUUUAGGUACAAAGAUGACGUGUAUGAUCGGACAUGGCGGCAUAACCUGGACGGUAUGAAGGAUUGGUAUAGCUUGGAUAUGAAAUCUGUUAACUUUGACAAUGGAAGCAGUGAUUACAAGUUGCCAUCCCAAGUACUGAGAACUGCGGUCCAAACGCGGAAUGUCUCGAAGCCAUUACAAUUUGACUUUGACAAUGUCUUUUUCGAGCCAUUGGACAAGCCUUUUGAGUACUUCAUCUACUUUCACUUCGCUGAAAUUGAGCAACUUCCACGUGGACAAAAGAGAGUCAUCGAUAUCACCCUUGAAUUUGAACCCAUCCUCUCACACCCUUUGGUUCUUGAAUACCUCAAGCCAGUCACCGUUAGUCCUCAGAAAACAACUCGGGGCUUUGUUUCAUUUAACAUUACUGCCACGUCAGAAUCGGAUGCUCCACCUAUCCUCAACGCCUUUGAGAUUUAUAAGUUGAUAACGCAACUUGAUUCACCAACACACACUGCAGAUGUUGGUGCUAUUGUGGACAUCAAAAGUACGUACCAGAUCUCUAGAUUGAAUUGGCAAGGAGACCCAUGUGUUCCAAAGCAAUAUGCAUGGGAGGGUCUCAUAUGCAGCUUCUCCGCCACCAUUCCAAGGAUAACAUCUUUGAACCUGAGCUCAAGCAAGCUGAUGGGGCAAAUAAAUAUGUCAUUCUCACACCUUACAGAACUAGAAUUCCUGGAUUUGUCACUCAACGAAUUGGAAGGACCUUUGUCAGAAUUUCUGGCAGAAUUGCCAAACUUAAAACUUCUUAAUGUGACUGGGAACAAGCUUUCAGGAAAAGUUCCUAAGGCUCUCAAGGAAAAGGCAGAUUUGCAAUUAAGUGUGGAUGAUAAUCCUGAUCUUUGCAUGGACUCGUGCAAUAAGAAGAACUUUGUUACACCACUGGUUGCAUCACUUUCAGCUUUGAUUGUAAUCCUCUUUAUUGCUCUUGGAUUUUGGAUAAUCAAAAGAAGACAGAAAGUUAUGCUUUCUGAUUCAAAGAAGGGGGAAUCAUUGACAUCAAAGUAUCGAGCAUUUAGUUACAGUGAGAUUCUCAAUAUUACUGAAAACUUAAAAACUGUUAUUGGAGAAGGAGGAUUUGGAAAAGUUUACUUCGGCAUUCUACAAGAUAACACUCAGGUCGCUGUUAAGCUGCUUUCAUCUUCAUCAGCGCAAGGUUACAAGGAAUUCCGAUCUGAGGCACAACUUCUAAUGAUUGUUCAUCAUAGAAAUCUAGUUUCUCUGAUUGGAUACUGUGACGAAGGUGAAAAUAAAGCAUUGAUUUAUGAAUACAUGGCCAAUGGAAGUCUCCACCAGCACUUAUCAGUUAACAAUCCAAAUUUCUUGAAGUGGAAUGAAAGACUUAUUAUCGCAGUUGAUGCGGCACGAGGACUAGAUUAUCUUCAUAAUGGCUGUAAGCCUCCUCUGAUCCACAGAGAUUUGAAGCCUUCCAACAUAUUAUUAGAUCAAAACAUGCAUUCCAAGAUAGCUGAUUUUGGUCUAUGCAGAGCUUUUAGGAGCGAUACUGAUUCUCAUAUAUCUACUCUACCUGCUGGUACACUAGGUUAUGUUGAUCCAGAAUUUCAGAGAACCGGAAACUCAAAUAAGAAGAGUGAUAUCUACAGCUUUGGCAUAAUUCUAUUUGAGUUAAUCACUGGUCAACAUGCACUAUCAAGGACACCUGAAAAAAAUGUUCACAUCCUUGAAUGGGUUAUUCCCAUGGUUGAAACAGGAGAUGUUCACAACAUUGUUGAUCCGAGAUUAAAGGAAGAAUUCAAUAUCAAUUCUGCAUGGAAAGCUGUAGAGAUUGCCCUGUCAUGCAUUUCACCAGCUACAGCUGAAAGGCCAGACAUAAGUCAAAUAUUGGCAGAGUUAAAGGAAUGCCUAUCAUUAGAUAUAGUUCAGAGACAUGUCAAAAGAACAAAAACUAUAUUUGAAUUUACUUCAUUACGGAUUGACUCAGAAAUUUCUCCCUCGGCUAGGUAGCCACCAAUGCGAUAAUCUUGUAGUGUUAUUCUUUGUACAAGUAAUUAGUUUUAAAGCUUUCUAGGACUAAAAGAGUUGUGUGCAACCUGUGCAAGUGAUGUGUUUAUUCAAAGCAGGGGAUUUGGUUCCUAAAUAAAAUAUCUACUGAAUAGAAAUGCAACUAGAUGCUUUACUCUAGGUGCUGGUUGAAUGCUUUUUCUAUGCUUGAAAUUGUGUUUUGUUCUCAGUAUGUUGCAUUAUUUAGAAGAACACUCUCAAGACAGUCUUUUUGUGUAAUUGUUUCAAUUGAGAAGCUCAAUAUGAAACACCUUAUAAAAUUUCUCAACU